UUUUUUUAAAAUAACAACAAAAAACAAUAAUAACAUUUAAAGUACUUGGCACCAAGCUGAUGUUUAAUGUAAAUAAAAUUCGAAACGACAGACUCUGUGCGUGCACUAAAUAAAAAAUGCCAAGUUCAUACAAACUAGACAGUCCUGGUGCCGCUAACGGCCAAAAGGGUGGUAAAUAUAAAGAAAAAAAUGGAGUUGUAAACAAAACAAAGAACGGAGCUACGCCGGGCAAAGAUCAAACAGAUGAUAAAGAAGAUAAGAAGGAGAAAGAAACAAAACGGACAGCAACCUUCUCAGAACUAUUUUCCUACGCCACAUGUGGAGACAAACUGCUUAUACUGAUCGGGAUCCUGACGGCUGCUGCUCAUGGCGCGUCAUGGCCACUUCUGUUUCUCAUCUUUGGCAACAUGACCAACGACUUCAUUAACUAUGGUCACAAUGGCACAGCGCUCAAUGGCACCAACACGACCACAGGGAACUUCUCUAUGGCUGGGUUUGAGGAUACCAUGACACAGUACGCCCUCAAAUAUGUCUACAUUGGCAUUGGCGUGUGUGCUGCCACAUACAUACACAUUGCUUUUCUACAAAUAUCAUGUGAGAGGCAGAUACUAAAGCUGCGGAAAGUAUUCUUCAGAUCUCUACUGAGAGAAAAUAUUGCCUGGUACGACAAACAGCAAAGUGGAGAGCUCACAACAAGAUUGGCAGAUGAUCUGGAGAGAGUGAAGGAAGGAAUCGGAGAUAAAACUGGUCUUGCCAUUCAAUUCUUAUCCCAGUUUCUAGCUGGUAUCUUGUUAGGCUUUGUCAAAGGCUGGAAGAUGACCUUGGUUUUAAUGUCCUUGACCCCACUUUUAGCUAUAUGUGCUGCUGUCUUGGGAAAGUUAAUGGCUUCCUAUAGCGCCAGAGAACAAGAAAAAUAUGCCAAGGCUGGGGCCAUAGCAGAGGAAGUUCUGUCCUGUAUUAGAACUGUAAUCUCCUUCAAUGGUCAUUCCAAGGAAAUCAAAAAAUACUCACAUGCUCUAGAGGAAAGUAAAAAACUUGGAAUAAGAAAGUCCUGGUUUGCUGGUCUAAGUGUGGGUCUCACAUUUCUCAUUAUGUUCUGCGCUUAUGGCCUGGCAUUCUGGUUUGGCUCUACUCAAGUGGACUCGUACAACUCUAGUGGAGGGCAUGAAGGUUUGUCCCCGGGGGAUGUGUUCACUGUCUUCUUCAGCGUCAUGAUAGGUUCCUUCGCACUCGGCAGUGCCUCACCUCACAUCACAUCAGUACUCACAGCCAAGGGUGCAGGAGGCACCAUCUUCACCAUCAUCAAAGAUAAACCAACAAUAGAUUCAUCCAAUCCUGUGGGUGAAAAGCCAGCCUCCACCAAUGGCUUUAUCCAGUUUAAGGAAGUUCAGUUUUCUUAUCCAUCUCGACCAGAGGUUAAGGUUCUCAAACAUUUCUCUGUGGACAUUGAGCCAGGUCAGACUGUAGCAUUGGUGGGCAGCAGUGGGUGUGGCAAGUCAACCAUAGUCAACCUGGUUCAGAGAUUCUAUGACCCAGAUGAGGGAAAGGUCCUUUUAGAUGGGCUGGAUAUAAAAGACUUGAAUAUCCACUGGCUUAGAAAAAACAUUGGAGUUGUCUCCCAGGAGCCCAUCCUGUUUGGCCUGUCAAUCUCACAAAAUAUUGCCCUCGGCCAACCUGGCAUUACCAUGGAGGAGAUUCACAGGGCUGCCAAAAUGGCAAAUGCGCAUGAUUUCAUUUCAAAUUUACCCAAAGGAUACGACACUCUAGUUGGGGAGAGAGGAGCUCAGCUGUCUGGAGGCCAAAAGCAAAGAGUGGCAAUAGCCAGAGCACUAGUCAGAGACCCAAAAAUUUUGUUGUUGGAUGAAGCAACAUCUGCUCUAGACUCGGAGAGUGAAGGCAUUGUACAAGCUGCUCUUGAUAAGGCGAGGGAAGGCAGAACAACUGUUGUUGUUGCUCAUCGUUUGUCCACCAUUCAAAAUGCUGAUGUUAUUUAUGUGCUGGAUGGAGGGGAGGUAGUGGAGAAAGGGAAACACCAGGAGCUGAUGAAGCUAAAAGGGGCAUACUACAACCUGGUCACCCUACAGACUUUAGCUGGUCAUGAUGAUGAAGGAUUUCAAGAAAAUGAUCAGACAAUGUCAGAAAAGAAAGUAGACAGAAGCAUUUCACGCCAACAUUCCCAGAAGAAAGUGCUAACACAGCAGGUCUCAAUACAGAGUGCUGAUGGAGGGGCUAAAGCUAAAAAGUCUAAUUUGUUCAAGUCUAAGACUGCAGCUGCUGAGGAAGAGGAGGACGCAGAUGUUCUUAAGCCAGGAUUUAUUCGCAUGUUCAAGUCAAACUUAAAAGAAUGGCCCUUUAUUAUAGUUGGCUGCUUUGGUGCUAUUGUAAAUGGUUCAAUAAUGCCUGUCUAUGCUGUGUUUUUUAGCCAAAUUAUCACUACGUUUGGAAAAUCUGGCCAAGACCUGCUGGAUGAAGGCUUGUUCUGGAGCAUGAUGUUUAUUGCAUUAGGCGGUCUUUCAUUUGUUGCCCACGUAUUGCAGAAUGUUUCUUUUGGUUUCUCCGGUGAACGUCUAACAAAGCGACUCAGGCACCGAACAUUCCAGAACAUUCUACGACAGGAUGUUGAAUAUUUUGACAACCCUAAACAUUCCACUGGGGCUCUAACAACCCGCUUGGCAACCGAUGCAUCAAUGGUUAAAAAUGCUACAGGCAUCAGACUGGCAACCAUUGUUCAGUCCAUUACUUCAAUGGGAGCUGGUUUGGGAAUUGCUUUUGCUUUUGGUUGGAAGCUGGCACUGGCUGUAUUGGCUGGAGUUCCAAUCCUUGCCUUAUCAGGAAUGAUCAACAUGAAAUUACUGAAAAGAAACCAAAUGAGAGAUUCUAAGUUGCUGGAGGAAGCAGGAAAAACAGCCAGUGAGUGUAUAGAGAAUAUAAGAACUGUCCAAGCUUUGACCAGAGAGCCAUAUUUUUAUGACCAGUAUUGCGAACAGCUGGUCAAGCCUCACAGUGAGAACAUCAAGCAGGCACAUAUCUACGGGCUAUCCUACGCCUUCUCCCAGGGUGUCAUCUUCUUCAUGUACGCUGGUGCCUUCAGAUUUGGGGCGUGGCUGGUCGCCAAUGAUGGCAUGGAUCCCAAUCUGGUCUUCAGGGUGUUUUUUGCCAUCGCCUUCACGGGUAUCUCUGUUGGUCAAGCCGCCUCGUUCUUGCCGGACUACACCAAAGCUCAACUCUCGGCAGGGUACAUCUUCACCAUGAUGGACAUCGUGCCCAAGAUAGACAUCUUCAGCUCAAAGGGGACUGUACAGCCAAAUAUUACCGGUGAGAUAAAAAUUGAAAACGUCCACUUCAGUUAUCCAACCAGGCCGGAUGUUGAGGUUUUGAAAGGGAUUGACAUCUCGGUGAAACCUGGUCAAACUGCUGCCCUUGUUGGUAUGAGCGGCUGUGGUAAAAGUACAGUCAUCUCCCUUGUGCAACGAUACUACGAUCCUUCUGAAGGGUCCAUUCUUGUGGAAGGUACCAACAUCAAAGACUACAACCUGAAACAUCUGCGUUCCAUGAUCAGCGUCGUCAGCCAGGAGCCCAUUCUCUUCGACUGCAGCAUCAAGGAAAACAUCACCUACGGCCUGGACAACGACAUCCCUAUGGCUGAUGUUAUUGCUGCAGCCAAAACAGCCAACGCUCAUGACUUUAUUUCUAACUUGCCCGAUGGCUAUGAAACACAAGUCGGUGAAAAGGGCACGCAACUCUCUGGUGGACAGAAACAAAGGGUGGCCAUUGCCCGUGCACUUAUCAGAAACCCCAAAAUUUUACUGUUGGACGAAGCCACAUCUGCACUAGACACGGAGAGUGAAAAGAUCGUCCAGACGGCCUUGGACAAGGCCAGGGAGGGCAGGACCUGCAUCGUCAUCGCUCACCGCCUCUCCACCAUCCAGAACGCUGACGUCAUCUACGCCAUGGAGCAGGGGCGCGUCAUCGAGAGCGGAACCCACCUGGAGCUGCUGGCCAAGAGGGGAGUGUACUCUGUGCUUGUUCAGGGGCAACAAUUCAUGAAGGACGACAACUCUAGUCAAAAUUAAAUAGACCCUUUGUGUAAUUUAACUGAUUGUUGUGUUGUGUUUUUGAAAUUUAUAUUUUUUUUUUUACAUAUGAAAUGAAUAAUUUACAAUGAAUAUUUCUCAUACGAUUGUGUGUUUUUUAAAUGUUGUUUCCCAAGUUGCUUAAGUUAUGUGAAUAUGAUGAUGAUGCUGAUAAUAAUUUAUUAUCAAUAAGUUAGCUUAAAAUAGCGUAAACAAAUUAAUAGAUGUGUAUUGAAGUGUUGUGUUAACGAUUAUUUAAAUUGAAAAACAAACACAUAUGUGUGGUUUUCAUUGAAUAUAAAAUUAACUUAGGCUAUCACUACUUAUAGAUUACAAAUGUGGUUACUAUAGGUUAAAGCUCAACAACCAGGAAUUAACUAAUGACAUCCACUUAAAUGUGGAGAAUAGAUCUUAUGUCCACGCUACAUUAUGAUUUAAAAUACAAAUAAAACACAUUCCAAUUCACAUUUUACUUUAAUAAUGUUUGUCAUUUUUGUUUAAUAAAGAUCAUAUUUUAGCAGCAAAUAUCGAUUUGCUUUAUAGACAAAUUUUAUAUUGAAGUGACAUUUAUAUUGAAGUUGUAUUUUUUUAAUUGUGUAAUAAAUGAAUAUU